GAAGGCAGGGCCCCGGUACUGUUGAGGGUCAACAAUAUGGCGCUCUCCGAGGAGCGGGGUGAAGUCGUCUGAAUCGGUGUGUUCAUCCAUUUUACGGAAAUGUCGGCGACCAACGUUUGGACUCGCAGUCGCGAGAGAAUGCGGCGCUUCCCGGAGCUGCUCGCGCAGUGCGGCUCGGAGGCGGCGGCGUACGGGAAGUGUGUCUCAGCCACGACCAAGAGCAAGCAGGAGCUGCAGCGGGACCUCUGCGCCGCGGAGUUCACCGCUCUGAAGAGGUGUUUUGCGACCGCGGUGAAGAAAGGUGGGAAGUAGACCUCCGCUGUGGGAAGCGGACCUCCACUGUGGAAACGGACAUCUUCGUCUCCUCCUAUUUUAGGAGACUGAGGCAAUACACUUUGAAAGCCUGUGUAGUAUUUUGGGAACUGAGAUCUAAGCCAACGGCCCGCGGUGUUCGGAGGACUUGGGGCAUGACGGAUCGGGCGUACACAGAGAAAGGGUCUUUUGGGCAUUGGCCUGAAUCUCAGUGCUGUGAGCCAUGUCUUUAUUCCAAUUAAUGCUGCCUUAACUGAUUCCAAUUACUCAUUCAGCCAUAUGCAUUUAACUGCAUUAAAGCACAGAAUAAAAGCAACAGUUGUUAUUUAGACCACACAUUUCACUUUAAUGUGCAAACAUACAUAUUCAGCAAAUAACUGAACUAAUGACAUAAAGAGUUGAGGCUGGAAUAAAGCCAGCAUACACACAUCCCUCCAUGGCACGGAGUUUGAGAGCACUGGUUUAGAUGGUUAAAGGUGCAAAACUGGUUUUAUGAAUGUGCUGGUUUAGAUGGUUAAAGGUGCAGUUUGGAUGAACUGGUUUUAUGAAUGUGACUGCAGUAAACUGGACAAUGCAGAAGUGGGAACAGAAAACAGCCUCAUAAUUAUUGGCCCAAGUUUGUCUUGAUCAUGUGACCUGCAGGGAUUUAACCCUUUCAGUUGUAAGCCCAGUCUGAAGUGGCUCUACCCAAAAGGGCUUUUGACUUUGGUUGAGAAUUUAGUUGGGUUUUAAUAGAGGCUCAAAACAAUAUUGAGGGUUAACCUUGUAUUUCUAAGCUUGU